AUGGUCUCGAGAACAUCUAGCGACGGGCCCCCUCCUGGGGGCGGCCGACAAUGGAAGAAGUCACUGAUCAACAAGAUUCCAGGGCGAGGGAGGAUCAAGAUAAUCAGUCAACAUCCUUCCGAGACAAGUACCUCCGACAUAGAUCUCAAUGCCAGAUCUCCCGAUACCCAUUCCACGAACCCGCUCGAUAGCCAAGAAACACAUAUCCGACAGCUGCAGGCUAUUAUCCAGCGAAUGCCUCGCAAUUUUCCUGCCACGCCUAACCACGUCGACUCGGCCUAUAAGGAAUUUACAAGGAAUAAAGAGCAAUGCGCUGCGCUAUGUCGACAUAUCCUGACGGAAGAGCUGGGUCGCGGUCCUCAUGGCGGCGACCUCACCCGUCGCGAUUCAACCCUCGACUCCCCGCAAAGCCCAGGUCACAUAUACGAUACAAGAAGCUCUUUCAGUGGGAGAAGUCUCGCCGAGGUUGUUUCUGGAAGUGCUGGAAAGAGCAUGCACCAGAGCGACGCUUGGCUGACAUCAGUGUGCGACUGGAGGAACUGGCUCGAGUUCCUGGCCGAUGCUUGCAAAGCAUGCUUGAUCGAGACGUAUAAGAACAACGAGCGCGAUGCGACACCAGAGCAGGUCGAAGCGCUAUUCACGAAUAAGAGGUUCCGGAAGGAGGCUGUCCAGAGGAUGCGCAAUGCUAGCGUUACUCGGGUCAUGUCGGCAGACCCCCAAUUUUUCCCGAGAUAUGAAAUGAGAUUUUAUGAUUAUGAGAAGAUAAGGCAGGAACUGAAUGAGAUCCGACAACUCGUCCAGACAGGCGAAUCAGGCAUUUCACCAGAUCGAACCAUUAAAGAAUUCGCCAUAUCGCAGCGAGGCGAUGCUAUACUAGAGUUUGCCAACACGGCCCCCGGAUGCAGCCAUAGCGACCCAGCGUUUCGUUUUCGAGUCUCGUCUUAUAUGCUCGCUGAGACUUCACCUAUCUUUGCUCGCAUGUUUGCGGGGAAUUCCAACAGUCUACACCUCUACGACGACGACGAUAUCUCAUCGCAGUUGCCGUUACCUCCCACCAAAUACUACUGCAAAGAUGGAUCCGAGGCCAAGCUCUACCGCAUGCCACAAGUCGAACUGAACCAUUUGGAUUCCUUGGAGAUAUUGCUACAUGGGGCCCACCACCACAGCGAGAUGAUUCCGCGAGAGAUUGAGUUUGACAAGUUUGUUGCUAUCGCCGAGUGUUGUAUGAGAUACAAGAGUACCUCACCUCUGGAACUCAUCGUUGAGCAUAGAUGGUUGCCGCAAUGGAUGCACAAGGGAGCCGAUGAUAUGCCAGACGGCCUUUUGGUCAUCAGCUACGCCUUUGGCUUGCGUCGGCUCUUCUCGCGCAUGUCCAAAACUACGAUUUUGAACCUCGUCGAUGAGAAGGAGCUACAAGCAAAGCCGUGGCCGCAAAAGAUCAAAGACAAGAUUUGGGCUGUUCGUUGCGCAAAGGUGGCGCAGAUUCACGAAUGUGGUGUGAGUGCCAUUCGAGAGUACCUGCGAGAACCAACACAUACCACAGCCGACCAAACUGAACCCACGCCACUGAAUGCCGGCUUCUCACCAGAUGCUCUACCUCCAGUGAUGUUGACUAGCACCCCACGAUGUCCCAAGGGCAGCCAUUGGUGCGACGCCACGAAUCUUGGCUGGUUGAUGUUACUCUACAAUGAGAUGAACCUUUUGCCUUAUAUCAUGUCUCCAGAUGUGCUGUCCCACCUACCAAGGUCGCAGCUACCAUCAAAAAGCCUGGCGCAGAUUGUGGAUGCGUUGAGGAGGAUUCCAGCACCACCGACACCUGUGCACAGAGGCGUGUGUGAUCCAGGCCCGGUGUUUCGCUCCGCUAUCAAUGAUAUCUACAACAGUGUCUUGGGAUUGACCCUUUUCGACAUCAGCGGCAAGAGUCACGGCUGGGGCCUGUCGAAGCAUAAGGAACGAGAACCCCAAACUCAACUCAAUGAAAGGCUCAAUCGUAUGGCUGCGCAUGACCCUGAUUACAGUGUCGCGACAGAAUUCCCAGAGAUCAUUCGCCUUCGCAUCAUGUGUCAACUGGAGGAGCUGGACGACCUUCACUCGGCAGCCAUGGUCAGCCGGGCAUACUACGAGACGUACAAGAAGCAUGAGCUUUAUCUUAUGAGGAAUAUUCUCCGUAUGGAUCGAAGACGGUCGACCAUUCAGCAUCACAUUCCAAUUGGUCCCAACACCAACGAAGAAAAGGUCCUCACGGAGGAAUCUGACGUUCUUAAGCGAACACUACCUGAUACUGCAGAUGGCAUCACUCUUCAUAGCGUGGUUGAGACUGAAGGAGAUUACACGGAUUCUGAUGAUGACAGUGACAGUCUGUACUCAACAUCAAUAAACCGGUCGCUUCCACGAUCAGCAGCCACUGCAAGCACAACCACCAGGGGACUAGACUACCAGGGAUCGUCAGACCUUGCGCUGAUCACGGACAGUCCCGCACGGACACCAAGGGCCCGAACCGGCACACCAACAUCCACAUCCCGGUCUCCGACGACCCCUCGACAAGCCGUGUUCGACCCACCACCUGCUCCGGCGUCGCCUACAAUAACAAUCGACGAACCACCUCUCACAGUUGAAGAAGCACAUCGGAUUCUCUGGCCAGACGACGCUAUCAAGGCAUCUGAAUCACCACUGCCUUCUGCUCAUCAUGGCGCAGAAGGUAUACGUGAGAAGUUCCGUGCUGGUGAUCCGGCUUUUCAUCUGGGAUUGGAAGAAAAGACUCUCGUUCCGACGGGUGAGAAACAACUUAGGAGUGAACAUGACCGACAGGUUGGGCUGUUGAAAGGAGGUGAACCGAGUAAAUGA